ACAAGCAGCUACUACAGGAAUAGUCACUGUACCGAAGGGUGCAGGGCCAAUAUUUUGUGCAGUGGUGUGCUGUUAUAGAGUCUGUGUAUGUGUGAGUCCUCAUCAUGGGCUGUUAUUUGGCUCACACCUGCAGGUUUCUGUCUCCGCUGGCAAAUAAUUCAUGCCAUUCACCAAUGGGCAGGCUCAGCACACAACACUGACAUAAGGCUCCUUGGAGAUAGAGGAAUGCAAAUCUGCAACCAUGAUGGAAGGAUUGAAAAAACGUACCAGGAAGGCCUUUGGGAUACGGAAGAAAGAGAAGGACAAUGACUCUGCAGGGUCCCCAGACAGAGAUGGGGGUUCUCAGAAGAAGACUAACGGGGCCCCAAACGGCUUUUACGGAGAUAUCGACUGGGACAGAUAUAACUCCCCUGAGGUGGAUGAUGAGGGCUACAGCAUCAGACCUGAAGAGGAGUCAGAAGAGGGAGCUCCUAUUACCAAAAAGGCCCACUUCUUUUCCUCUGAUGAGUCCGAAGGAGAGGAAGACCACAGGAAAAAAUUCAAAAUUAAGAUCAAGCCGCUGCCAGCCAAUCGCGUAGCGUCAGUGCCCUCAGUCGACGAGCUCAAAGCCUCCAUAGGCAACAUAGCCUUGUCCCCAUCUCCUCUGAGACGUAGCCCGGGUUUGAAAAGGAACACAUCCAGUGAGGAGAUUGCCAGACCGAGACGCGUCAUUCCUACUGUACCUACUGUGGCCCCCACACCAGCUCCAGCACCACAACCCCCCAGCAGUCAACAAACUCCAUUCCCUGAAGACACCACCGCCUUAUUUGGGCCUCCUUUGGAAACAGCCUUCGGAGAACCAAAAACUGAAGUGGGUCUGGGUGAGUCCGAUGUGUGGGGGACUCCUCUUUCAGAGCCUGAAUCCUCUUUGACAAGAUCCUUCCCUACAGGAACUCCACCUCCUCUUCCACCCAAGAAUGUCCCGACCUCCCCCCCGUCGACUGGCCCUGCCUCUGUGGAUGAAGCUGAAGUGUCAACAGAAGCAGACAGUUCCACCAGGAAACCUUCAAUAGCUGACUUAGACAACAUUUUUGGACCAGAACAGGCCCCCCCUGUUGGUGAGGAUACAGGUGAUGUGUGGGUCUGCUUUAGUGAAGAGUCUGCUGGCCGGCCGCCUCUACCGGAGGAACCAGCACCUCCGCUACCAGCCUCCCCACCUCCACCUGAAUCUCCUGCCCCACCCUUACCUACAUCACCACCUCAUCCAGAAGACCUUGCAUCACCUCUCCCUAUCUCCUCUCCCCCAAAAGAAGAACCUGUGCCCCCUCUACCAACCUCCCCACCUCCUUCAGAGCCUGCUGGCCCUCCUGUACCCUCAAGCCCUUCUACAUCUGAGGACCAAAAUCCUCUCACACACGCCACCUCGCCACCCCCUGCGCCACCAAAGGAGCUUGCGUGUCCUCCCACUUCCUCUCCCCCUCCUCUCGACUCACCCACCAGCGUCCCACCAGCCCCUGCUCCCAAAGCAAGAACCCCUCCAGCAGUGACUCCUCCUGCUGAGGAAUCUGCACCACGCCCCGUCCCACCACCUCUUGUCUUGUCUGAAGAGGAGCAGUCCAAAACCACAGACUCCACCCUACCCAAAGAGGAUGGAGGUGAAUCUGUCACCUCACCCAACGAUGCUAGCCAGGGGAGCAGGAUAACGCCUCCCCCACCUCCUCCUCCCACAUACCGGGCGGUGGUGUCGUCACCAGGUCCUACAUCUGGAGCUGGUGGCACGAAUAGCGGUUCCUCCUCUCCGGUGCGACCUGCCACUCCUUCGUCUGUUAACCCCACCCCACCACCACCUCCACCUCGACCCCCUUCACGGCCUAAACUUCCUCCAGGGAAACCCUCAAUAGGAGACGCAAAUCGUCCGUUCAGCCCGCCGGUCCACUCUGCCAGCCCUCCUCCCAUCGCCCCAUUGGCACGAGCCGAGAGCACCUCCUCCAUCUCCUCCACCAACUCCCUGAGUGCCGCCACCACCCCCACCGUCGGUAAAGAGCUCUCCGUGUCCGUGUCAGAGAAUGACCAGCCAUCCCUUGUAUGGUUUGACAGAGGGAAGUUUUAUUUAACCUUUGAAGGCUGCUCCAGAGGGCCCAGUCCUCUCACCAUGGGGGCUCAAGACACUCUCCCUGUGGCCGCUGCAUUCACAGAGACGGUCAAUGCCUUCUUUAAAGGAGCUGACCCCAGCAAGUGUGUUAUGAAGAUCAUAGGUGAGAUGGUUUUGUCGUUUCCGGCGGGAAUCACGCGGCACUUUGCCAAUAACCCGUCCCCUGCCGUGCUAACCUUCAGCAUAACCAACUACAGCCGACUGGAGCAUGUGUUGCCUAACCCCCAGCUCCUUUGCUGCGACACCACCACACAAGCCAAGGCUGAUACCAAGGACUUCUGGGUGAACAUGCCAAACCUGAUAUCCCAUUUAAAGAAGGUGGCAGAGCAGAAGCCACAGGCAACAUACUACAACGUGGACAUGCUCAAGUAUCAGGUGUCCACGGAGAGGAUCCAGUCAAUUCCUCUGAAUCUAGCGGUGAGCUGGAGAUGUGAGCCCACGAGCACUGACCUGAGGAUAGACUACAAAUACAACGGGGAGGCCAUGACAACGCCGAUGGCCCUGAACAAUGUCCAAUUCCUCGUCCCUGUCAACGGAGGGGUUUCAAAACUACAGGCUGUCUUACCUCCUGCUGCAUGGAAUGCGGAGCAGCAAAGAAUCCUUUGGAAGAUUCCUGAUAUCUCACAGAAAUCUGAAAAUGGAGGUGUGGGAUCAUUGUUAGCACGCUUUCAGCUAACAGAAGGCCCCAGUAAACCGGCUCCACUGGCGGUGCAGUUCACCAGUGAGGGCAGCACCCUGUCAGGCUGUGAUAUUGAGCUGGCUGGGCCUGGAUACCGAUUCUCUCUCAUCAAGAAGAGGUUUGCCGCAGGAAAAUACCUGGCGGACAACUAAACUGUGCUGCUGAGAACAGCACUGUUGAACAAAACAAUGGCAGUGGACUGAGAGUGACACCAAGGACAGAGGACAAACUGGCACCAGACAGACUUUCCAUUAACCUUUUCUGAACCCACACGACCGGUCCGCAGCCUACCCAGCAGUAUUGUAUAACUUGCAUAUAGCAUCGUGGAGCUGUUUUAGGUCAUGUAAUAAUCGUAUUUGUAUUCAUUUCAUAACAUCUGUAUUGCUGCAGUUAGACACCUGGGUUCUUCCUCUCUCUGAAGUCUGUGCCUCUGUCUCUAUCCUCCUCUGGUCAAUGUGUGGUGGUGUUUUUUUAAAGUUUCACUGCAGCUGCCUGACCGAAGACAUGGACAGGAAGUGUUUCGACCAGAUUUUUACUCUGGAUGACAUGCUUUUUGUUGUCUCAAGUCCAGAAAGAUUUGAAAUUUUGAAAUACCCUUGAAUAAGAUCUUUGUGGUGAGACACUCACCUCAACCUCUGAUGCAUCUAAAGUUAGACUAAAAGUUGAAGCAGGGCACAGGAAAAUAAACAGCAAGUUAUACACGCAGAUUUAACAAAAAUCAGCUCUAUAUAUAAUCCUUCUGUCAGAGUCUGAGCUCAAUGCCUGAGACGGCUGUCCUCACUGUCUCACACUGACAGAGACCAUUGCGUGUCUUGCAAGUAAAUGCACACUGAUGCAUUUUGACCAGUGUGUUGACACAAACUGUUAAAUAAAAGAUGUUUCUUGACGGCACUUGUCUGCGAUCAGCUGAAACAUAGGAUCAAGUAACUACAAAAAAAAUCUAGAUUUUCAUGCAUCACAUGCUGGUACUACAGGGUCACAUGACUUUUAAUAUAAAUGCACUGAUCAGUCAAUCAAACUGGUAUUUUCUUUCUCUGGAAUAUACAGACAUGGAUAGGUUUUUAGUGAGUUAGGCAGCUGCAAUGAUAAAUCAAUGUACUGGUUGCAAAAUAAGAAAAUAUGUUUUCCCGUCAGAACAAAAGAAGUGUACAAAGUGUCAUUUUAAAUCAAUAAUAUAUAUCUUAAAGGGCGUUUGGUGUUUUCCUCGUAUUGUCAGAUAGCCUUUCUGCUGUUUCCAGGACAGCAGUGAUAGACUCCAGAGUACAUGACAGCAUUCUAUUUUUAUUUAUCGAUGAUUUGUUUGUAAAAAAAAAACAUGUGUAUUCAAAUAGAAUUUGAAUGGUAUCAGACAACUCAGAACCCUUAAAGGUAUAAAUAUUUGAAUUAUCUCUCUUUUUUGUUAUCUGUGUAGUUGGGUAACCCGUGUACAGUAUAAGGUAUACUUUUUGAAUUUAUUUCAGAUAUAAUUUUUUAACUCAAGUGCAACAGAAGAUUUGAGCUAUAUAUGGGUGGUGGGAGGGGGUAAUUUAAGAAAAAGAUAAAUAUCUUCCUGGAUGCUGUGUUAUGCUUUGUGAAAGCAGUGUUAAUGUAGAGUUAGUUAUACAAUGGGCAAGGUCCACACUUUAAAGAGUCUGUUUGACAUUUUGGGAAAUGGGCUUAUUUGUUUUCUUUUUUAGAAAGUUAGAUGAGAUGUUCAAUACCACUCUUAUUUGUGUCUGUUCAACAUGAGGCUAGAGCCAGCAGACAAUUAGCAAAGCUGAAAGACUAGAAACAGCUAGCCUGGCUGUGUCUGAGGGUAAAAUAAUCCGCUUACCAGCACUUUUCACAAAAUUUCACUAAUUUACAGGUGAUAUCUUGUUUGUUUAAGCUGUACAAAAAAGUAUAAAAAUGUCUAGUUGUGGUUUUAAAUAUUUUACCUGCUAAACAUCAGCAAGUUAGCAUUGUCAUUGCGAGAAGGUCAGCAUUUAGCUCAAAGCAACGCUGUGCCCGAGUACAGCCUCACAGAGCUGCUAUCAUGACUGCAGACUUCCUUUUGACAGAGCCAAGCUAACUGUUUCCCUGUGUCCAGUCUGUAGGCUAGGCUAAGCUAACUGUCUCGUCACUCCAGCUUAACAUUUAACAGAACGUGGCAUCAGUCUUCUCAUCUGAUUCUCAGCAACAAAGUGAGUCAGCAUAUUUUCCAAAUUGUUUUCCUUUUUAUAAAGUCAAGACAAUGACAACAAAAGCAAUCAGUUUGGUGACCGUGGUACCACUACUGGAACAGGAUUUGUUUACUGGGACCAGCUAGUUUUUUGUUUUUGUUUUUUUGUUUGUUUUAUAUUCAAACCAGCUUGUGAUAAAACAGAAAAAAACACUCUUGCAUUGCAUCCAGCUUUCUCAGUUCCCACAUCUACCUAUUCAGUUCUUCUUCAGCUUUGACCACGUGUCUGAAGUAUUUUCUUCCCUGUUUCCAUUUACCUCAGUGGUACCUAAACUCCCUGACUCUAUCAUGAGCACAUCCCCAAUCAUCCAACCAGCACUUGAAUCCAUGGCUUUAUUUUGCAUAAUCGUAAUGGUCUCUGUGAGAUGACAUAAGUUGAAUGAGGUUGUGGAGCAAGGUUAAGUUGACCAAAAUGCUAUUGUUUUUGUUUGUUUUGGGGUUUUUUUUGUAUUUUAUGUUUGUGUAUCCCAGACAGUAGUCCUCUGUUAAGGAUAAUAAGCUGAAUAUUUUUAAAACAGAUAAAAGUGAAAAAAUAUUAUAUUGUUUAAUGUGUAUAAAACACUGUGCUGAUGAUGUUGAACUUCCUGAAUGCUCUGACACUCAACAUGGAGAACAAAAAGUGAGUGUGAAGUGUAGCCGAAGAUCUCUGUACUGUACUGUAUGUCGGCAUUCUGCUAAAUGCAACCAAUCAUGGUCCUUUCAGAACUGUUGUCAAAGCAUCUUAGGCUGAAUUUAGGACCUGAGGACUAUUUGCAACAUGUCAGUUCUCCUAUUCAAUGACCUAGUUUUAAAGAUGUGAUUAUUUGGCUGAUAAGCCAUCAGAUGUGAGCCGUGCUGUUAAAAUGAAAAUCUCAUUUUUGACCAGAUUUACCAUUAUUUCUGGGCAGACGGAGUCUAAAAGAGCAUUGUGGAUUACUCUGAUGUUGCACUGAAUUUGUUAAAGCAAGGUGAUGAUGAUUGGUGCCAUUUAGCUCCCCACAUUAGUUUGGUAACUUUCAGUCAUGUCAGUCCUUCCAGCUAGUUGACCCGAUGGAUCGACAUGGCUGACAGGAAGCUGUAACCUUGAAACAAUCAGUGCAACAGUCACUACAGCAUUAUCUACAGAGGCCCACCACACGCACCCCCUAUCAUGCAUCUGUCUUAACUUAACCAGUACACUACAUGUUACAUGUCUUUCAGCUCGAAAGUCAUGUUGCAGUAUAAAAUUCACAUCUUCUUUGCAUCUAGUUAAAAAAUGGAACAAAAGUUGUAUUUUCAAGAACAUCUCUGUGGUGAAUUUGUUCUGCAGUAAUUCAGUAUCGCAUGCAGAGCAUGAAGUAAAAGGUGGGGCAUCUAUGAUGAUAGAUAGUACUGAAAUGACGUUGUGCUGAGUGUCAGUUACCUGUAUUAAUGUUGAGAAGAGAGCAGGGAGUGUGUUUAUGUGUGCUGUAAGCCAGAAUGCUUUUUGGUUCUGUACCGUUAACCUCAAACACAUGUGCAAGCUGUUUGUACAGUACAUAACAACGCUAAGAUGAACUGAGAAACUUAGUUUGCUUCUUUCCAAAACCAAUAAAAGUUAUAACUGGA